UUAAUCACAUGUGAAUUUGAUGAAAGCAUUUUACAAAUGCCUAGUUUGCUAGCUUCUUUAACAUCAAAAUUAGAAAUGAAUUGGCAAUCAUCAACAAUACAACAUUUAAUUAAUUCAAAUGAUUGUUUAGAGAAAACUGUGGCACAACAAUUACCACCUUUAAUUCAACCAAAAUUAAUUGGAUUAAAUGGUUCCAACGGUUCUGUUCCUGUCUCGUUUUCUUUCACUUGGACACGUUAUCAACCAACAAUAGAAGUAUUGACAGAUAAGAAUGAUGCAUCCAAAUCAAUUGAUAAUGAAUCGUUGAACAUUAAACUUAAUCCAUUCAUUGAACCGGAAGUUGUAAUUUUAUUGACAACUGAUCAAAUUAAAAAUUUAUUAAAUAAAUCAUCUAAACAAGAAUUACACGAGAAUCCAAAUCUUAUUGCAUUCGGUACAACUUUAAUGAAUUUACAACGACCAAUUACUUGUAUUUUCUUGACAGGACCUACUUUUAAAUCAAAUACUCGCGUAACAUCGAAUUUAAAUGAUAUUGCUAUGAUUUUAAAUGCAAUCACAAGAUCAUUAGCUGAGAGACCAUUUAAGUAA